GGUUCACCUUCCCACAGCGUUUCUCAGAUCAUCGACACCUCUAUUGUGCAGCGAGGAGCAAAAGGUAAAAUUAACUACUUCCCCCCUACUCCCAGUGUAGAACCUCUCUGCCCCAUCGCCUUUCCCCCCUUAGCCCCUCUCUCACUAUCUCUCCCCCUAGUCCUGGUUUUCCCAGAGUUCAUUCUGGCCGGCACCACCAUUCCGGCCAAGGGGGAGGAGGACUUCCUCACUCUGGCCGCCUCCCGGCUUAGCCGCAGGAAACGUGUCAUCGGGGCAGGAGUGGGCGUGGCCAUGGUGCUGGUGCUGCUGGUCGCCAUCCCCUUAUUGGUUCACACCACCAAAGGGGGGGCGUCUGGAGGCGGGAGCACCCACUAUGAGAUGCUCGGCAGCUGCAAGAUGGUGUGCGACUCUUUCACCCCCCCACAGGGCAGCCACGAGCUGACCGCUGUCUCCCCCCAACCCCCAGACUUCACAGGGAGAAGGGGCAAGUCUGGGUUUCGUGGGAGCCCUGGCCCCCCAGGCCCCAGAGGUCCCACAGGAGAACCAGGCAAGCCAGGCCCCCCUGGUCCCCCCGGCCCUGGCCCAGGGGGUUACAUCCCCUCCUUCUACAGCCCCAAGAUCGCCUUCUACGCUGGCCUCCGCAAACAGCAUGAAGGGAGUGAGGUGUUGAGGUUUGACGACGUAGUGACCAAUGUGGGGAACUACUAUGAACCCAGUACUGGCAAGUUCACCUGCCCCCUACCUGGCAUCUACUUCUUCACCUACCAUGUCCUGAUGAGGGGCGGAGAUGGGACCAGCAUGUGGGCCGACUUAAAAAAGAAUGGACAGGUGAGGGCCAGUGCCAUUGCCCAGGAUGCUGAUCUGAACUAUGACUAUGCCUCCAACAGUGUCAUCCUGCACCUGGAUGUAGGGGACGAGGUGUGCGUGCAGCUCGACGGGGGCAAAGUUCACGGAGGAAACACCAACAAAUACAGCACCUACUCUGGCUUCCUCAUCUACCCUGACUGAAGGCAGCCACCUGACUGAAGGCAGCCACAUGUUACACACACACACACACACACACACACACACACACACACACACACACACACACACACACACACACACACACACACACACACACACACACACACACACACACACACACACACACACACACACACACACACACACACACACAACCAUACACACACAACUACACACAUUCUCCCAGGCAAACAAAUACAGCAACUAUUUCAGGAUCCUCAUCCAACCUGAUUCUCUCAACCACUCUCUUCUCUCUCUUUUUUUCCCUCUCUCUCUCCCUCUCUCUCUCACUCCAUUGCUAAAACACACAGUAUUUAAAGAAACAGAUGCAAUGGGAAAAGGAAAUGUAUAAUGGCUCUGUGUUUUUAAUGUCUAGAUAAUGGUCAUACCAUAACAUUCCAAACCAAGUAUAGUUACAAGGCAUCUAUUGUGCAUAUAGACUGUGUAUAUAGACAUUUUUAUUUAAUACACACACCCAUUUGUUUGUCAUGUGUUUUGUCAUUCUCAUGAUAUCAAUGAAUCACAAAUAUGUAAAUGAAACUAACAUGUAAGUAUGGGGUGACAAACAAGAAUUAUGUCAAGACAAAAUUUGUUUAAAGAUCAUCUUGAUAUCGUGUGUAUUCUUAAAGUUACAUAUAUAUUCACUUCUGAUGCGCACACAUCUGUGUGUAUGAUCAUGUAUGCGGAAGCAUACCUACAUGACUGGCAUACAACUCUUUCACACACACACACACACACACACACACACACACACACACACACACACACACACACACACACACACACACACACACACACACACACACACACACACACACACACACACACACACACACACACACACACACACACACACACACACACACACACACACACACACACAGUGAUUCAUUGAACUUCCCAUAUCUAGUGUUGCAUUGACAUGAGCUGACCAUUUCGGCCACCAGUGUGGAAUUUAGUAAAAUGGUCUCAGAUUGCAGACUGUAAAUGGAAGACUGCGAGGUUGGUUGCAGAGCUUCCUGCCUCCCUUCUUCGCUCCAAGAUGGAUUUCCAAUACGGCUGAAGACACCAAAUGAGAAAAGUCAUGAAUAUAUUGAUCGGAGCUGAUAAUACACCCAACACCAUGAACAUCAUCCAGUGUGGUGUGUGUAAGAUAAGUAUCAUGUUGUUAGUUUUACCUACACGGCCCCUGCCUACAGCUAAGGGGGGUGGGGAGGGGUGAUGGUAGUCCCCUCACACACAGGAUAUCAAUGAUGAGGCUUAUGGUAGACAGAUACAGUAUUUUUCCAGACCUUAUGGUGGAUGAUAGAGCAUCAUCAUGUUCCACUAAUGAGCCCAUCCUUUGUUUAAACCCUCAACCCUCAAACCCUAUUCCUAUAUUCACUUUACAUUCAAUUGAUAAGAGAGCAAUUUAAACUGGGUGUCGAACCCAGACAUAAUCAGAGAUGAUGCUUUAGUUCAUGGAGAGAUGAUGCUUUAGAUCAUGGAGAGAUGAUGCUUUAGAUCAUGGAGAGAUGAUGCUUUAGUUCAUGGAGAGAUGAUGCUUUAGUUCAUGGAGAGAUGAUGCUUUAGAGCAUGGAGAGAUGAUGCUUUAGAUCAUGGAGAGAUGAUGCUUUAGUUCAUGGAGAGAUGAUGCUUUAGAUCAUGGAGAGAUGAUGCUUUAGAUCAUGGAGAGAUGAUGCUUUAGUUCAUGGAGAGAUGAUGCUUUAGAGCAUGGAGAGAUGAUGCUUUAGAUCAUGGAGAGAUGAUGCUUUAGUUCAUGGAGAGAUGAUGCUUUAGAUCAUGGAGAGAUGAUGCUUUAGUUCAUGGAGAGAUGAUGCUUUAGAUCAUGGAGAGAUGAUGCUUUAGAGCAUGGAGAGAUGAUGCUUUAGAUCAUUGAGAGAUGAUGCUUUAGUUCAUGGAGAGAUGAUGCUUUAGUUUAUGGAGAGAUGAUGCUUUAGAUCAUGGAGAGAUGAUGCUUUAGUUCAUGGAGAGAUGAUGCUUUAGAUCAUGGAGAGAUGAUGCUUUAGUUCAUGGAGAGAUGAUGCUUUAGAGCAUGGAGAGAUGAUGCUUUAGUUCAUGGAGAGAUGAUGCUUUAGUUCAUGGAGAGAUGAUGCUUUAGAUCAUGGAGAGAUGAUGCUUUAGUUCAUGGAGAGAUGAUGCUUUAGAGCAUGGAGAGAUGAUGCUUUAGUUCAUGGAGAGAUGAUGCUUUAGAGCAUGGAGAGAUGAUGCUUUAGUUUAUGGAGAGAUGAUGCUUUAGAGCAUGGAGAGAUGAUGCUUUGGAUCAUGGAGAGAUGAUGCUUUAGUUUAUGGAGAGAUGAUGCUUUAGAGCAUGGAGAGAUGAUGCUUUGGAUCAUGGAGAGAUGAUGCUUUAGAUCAUAGAGAGAUGAUGCUUUAGUUCAUGGAGAGAUGAUGCUUUAGAUCAUGGAGAGAUGAUGCUUUAGUUCAUGGCCAGUUGGUUAUUUGUAUAAUGAUGAGUCUUCUUUUCUUCUAAGGUAAAGCAGCCUGUUUGUUUACAGUGUGGAUACGGACAUUGAGGAUUCAUCUUGUACUCUACAGAACUAGUUUUACAUUUUCAAAUGUACGCUGCCACCGUAGAACUAGAAACGGACUGAGUGUCUUUAAUGGAAAUGUACAUCUUUGUGUGUUAUUGAAUGUACCAUACAUUACUAAUUGUGUAAAUGCAAUUCAAAUAUGCAGGUUCAGGUUGAUGCUGUAUGUCAAAUAUGUUAUGCAAACCCUUGACACGGUGGCAAUGAGACUAUAUUGUGUCACUUGUGUUAUUGAUCAAGAAUGGAUUUCAUGGACAUUUUAAUUUUAGAGUGGGGGCAUUUAUUACUUUGUCAGGCCAUUAAUAUAUAUAUAUAUCUUUACAUCAAUGUGAAUGCACUGCCUAGACAAUACCAUGAAAAGCAGGUCCUUCUCCUGUAGUUCAUAGCAUCAUACAUGCACCUAAUGAAAGUAGUUGUACAUGUUACAGUACUUCAGAGGAGGCCUCUAUUGUAACAAGUUGUUGUAUUAGGAAAACCACUGAAUAAAUGCAGCUGCAGCAGGGAUGAUACUGCUACUCCAUGUGUGUCCAUUACUGUUGCAACACAGUAUGGCCGGUGUGUGUGUCGCGUCUCAGGUCCAACUACAGGACAGAGCUUUGGGCUUGAUCUAAAGACAUAACACCAGUUAUUAUCAAACUGCAUCAGUCAGAUGAAAACAUUAUUCCUGUACUAUAUCUUAACUGACAGUAUUACAAUAACCACCUACCAUCUUAUUUAAACCAACAUAAUGUACUGAUUUGUUUGUCUGUACAUGACUUCUCUCUGUGUCAUGCUGCAUUCUACUGUGUUCCCUGGCACCAAAUAAUGUUAAACAACUUACCGUUAGAAAAGGAAACCUGGUCUUUAUUUAUGAACAGUAUGAAUUGAUUGUUGUCAUUGUACCUUGUGUGUAUAUCUUAUGUAUAAUAUUAUAAACAACAAUUUAUCUACCCUAAGGUAAUAUAUAAGACCUACAAUAAAACAAUGUGAAGACG